AUGACUUUGCAGCAAGACAGAGCUCUGUCCAGCAAGGACACCGAGUCUAUCGAUAAAGAUAUGAGCGCCGUGGCCAUUACGGAUAUCUCAAGCCCCACAAGCCUUGGAAGCUCCGAAUCUGACGGUCUCUUUCUUCACUCAUGGCGUCUUGCGGCUGUUAUCGGGUCUUUGUGCUUAGGAAUUUUCCUCCUGGCAUUGGACAUGAACAUUAUCGCCGUUGCAAUUCCUAGAAUUACAUCUGAUUUUCAUGCAUUGGAAGAUGUGGCCUGGUAUGGCUCAGCAUAUCUUCUCACCGUUACGGCAUUCCAACCUUUGUUCGGUAAUUUAUACAAAUACUUUGAUCCUAAGAUCGUAUAUAUGGGAUCGAUAGUUUUAUUUGAGUUGGGGUCAAUUCUAUGCGCAGCAGCACCUUCUUCCAGUGUCCUCAUUGGAGGACGAUCUGUUCUAGGUUUUGGGGCUGCCGGGAUUUAUCAAGGAAGUCUUGCCAUUGUCAAUUUUGUGGUAGAACUCGAAAAGAGACCAAUGUACCAAGGCAUUGUAAUCAGCUCUUUCGCUAUCAGUGUCUGCAUCGGGCCUGUACUUGGUGGUGUUUUCACUGACAAAGCUAGUUGGAGGUGGUGCUUCUGGAUUAAUGUACCUAUGGGCGCUGUUGUCCUUGUCUUUAUCUUGCUAUUCUUCCGAAUGGGAGGUACACAGAACUCAAAUCGUUCCUUGAACCUUUCAACUAAAUUGAGGCGUAUGGAUAUUGGCGGAGUCCUACUGUUUUUAGGAGCAAUAUACUGCCUUCUUCUAGCAUUACAAUGGGGUGGACAGACUCUACCAUGGAAAUCUUCUAAAGUUAUCGGAUUGUUCGUUGGUUUUGGUUUGCUCAUCAUAUCCUUCGGUAUUUUACAAUGGAAACGUGGUGAACAUGCCACAAUUCCAUUGCGAAUCCUUCGACAAAGAUCAAUUCUCAUGGGAAGCAUAUUCCUUAUGUUAUUUGGCAUGAUGAGUUUUGUCUAUGCUUACUACCUGCCCAUUUACUUCCAAUCCAUUCAAGGCGUCACCGCUAUACAAAGUGGCACCCGUUUCAUCGCAAUAGUCCUUCCUCAAAUAAUUGGUUUGUCGCUCACUGGGGCUAUCGUCACAAAAUGGGGAUAUUAUGUCCCAUAUAUGAUUCUUGGAACGAUAAUUGCAAUGGUCGGUGCCGGUCUUCUCACUACCAUUGACACCAGUACUUCGACGGUACGAUGGGCCGCAUAUAUGGUAAUCAAUGGAUGGGGUACUGGAAUGGCACAACAGCUUCCCUACACUGCGCUACAGAUUGUAUUGAGUGAAGAAGAUGCACCUACUGGAAAUGCCAUUGCGGUAUUUAUGUAUCAGAUUGGUUCUUCCGUCUCCGUUUCCAUCGCACAAUCCCUCUUUCUGUCAAGGUUACAAACCAGUGUACCGGCUCAUACCACUGCUGUAUCAGCAGACGCGAUUAUCAAGGUCGGCGCUAGUGGUUUGCAGGAUUUGGCUGAUGGAUCGGCGAUUGUCUUAGCUGCAUUGAGAGAAGCGUACACAAUUGCUAUUAGGGAUGCAAUGUAUUAUGCCUUGGCUGCAGCUUGUUUAUCUUUACCUUUUGCUUGUGGGAUGCAAUGGUUCAAUCUCAAGAAGGUUGCGGAGGAAAGAAGGAAAGCAAAGGAUGAGGGAAAGUCUGAUGAGUUAGGAAGCUCGGCCAUAACAAACAGUGUAGUUGGAUCCGAGAAAGUCUAG